AUGCAGCGUGGAGUACGGCGGUAUAUCCAUGGCCAGUCCGGUGCAUACACCCCGUCUUAUCACGAAUUGCUUGGAAAGUCUCCAUGGAUAGUUGUACGGCAUCUUGAUCACAGCAGUGCCGAUGGAGAUAACGCCGUCACGUUGUCUGAAGGAGACGUCGCCACUGUUUUUUCACAAUUCGGUGAAGUUGUGGAUGUGCGAUUUGUUCGACAUCGGCGUACGGGUCGUUUCUUAGGUACAGCCUUUGUGAAGUUUGAGGAUUAUCGAAGUGGUAUACUUGCGGCGGAUGAGAUGAACUCUCAUCAUGAGACUGGGAAAGAAGUGCGGUUAACAGCAGCCGCCAAACGUGGAAUUGAAGUGGAACGCUGCGAUGCGGCGGAAGUUGUGGGGCUUCCGGAGGGUGUGGAAUCAUACGCCGCGUGGUUAGAGCGAAUAAAAAGUGGUGGGAAACUCGCAGGAGUGUCUGUUGGUGAAUUGCAAGAAUGA